UCCCUUUAACUAGCCCGUCUUAGAUCUUAAAAGAAAAAAAAACUAAACUUGUGUGGAGCUGAACUUAUAUUGAUAUAUCAUAUAGAUGUCUGAGGCACAAGAAACCACAAAACGAGCCGAAGACGAGGCUGAAACCCCCGAGCUUGAGGAUCAAUCUGACGACAGCAGUGACGAGGGAGACGCAUCUGGGGACUGCGAGAUGGACUUCUUACGCAACCUCUUCUCCCGUGGUCUUGGCUUGGGUCCUACGGAGAAGGUCUUGGAUGAACUUAGUCUGGAAGGGGUUGCCCGGUACAUACAGAGCGGCAAAUGCAAGAACAUAAUCUGCAUGGUUGGAGCAGGCAUAUCAACAUCGGCAGGGAUUCCUGAUUUCCGUUCACCCGGCACUGGUCUCUACGCCAACCUCCAGAAGUAUAACCUACCUUACCCAGAGGCCAUCUUCCAGAUUGACUACUUUAAAAAACACCCUGAACCUUUCUUUGCUUUGGCCAGAGAGCUGUACCCAGGGCAGUUUAAGCCCACAGUAUGUCACUACUUCAUCAAAAUGCUAAAGGACAAGGGCCUGCUCAAGCGUUGUUACUCACAGAACAUUGAUACUCUGGAGAGAGUUGCGGGCCUGGAGGGAGAUGACCUGAUUGAAGCCCAUGGCACCUUUCAUACCUCACACUGCGUCAGCUUCCUCUGUCGUAAAGAAUACAACCUUGACUGGAUGAAAGAGAAGAUCUUCUCCGAAGAGAUUCCCAAAUGUGACAAGUGCAGUAGUCUGGUCAAGCCUGAUAUCGUUUUCUUUGGUGAGAAUCUACCAGCUCGGUUCUUCAUGUCAAUGAAAAUGGACUUCCCCAGUUGUGAUCUCCUCAUUGUCAUGGGAACGUCUCUCCAGGUUCAGCCCUUCGCGUCUCUCGUGGGGAAGGUACCCAAGAACACACCAAGACUGCUCAUCAAUAAAGAAAAGACAGGAGAGUCUGAUUUUCUAAUGGGCAUGCUGGGUUUUGGAGGAGGGAUGGAUUUUGACUCAGACAAAGCGUACAGAGAUGUAGCUUACCUGAGCACCUGUGACGAAGGCUGUCUGGCUCUAGCGGAACUUCUGGGCUGGAAGGCGGAGCUGGAAGAGAUGGUGAAGCGAGAGCAUGCCUUGAUUGACAGCAAAACCAAGAAGGAGAAGGAAGGCCAGGCCGCUCAGAGCUCUGGAACCAGUGAAAAGGCUGCCACAGGGGCAGAGGGUGGAAAGACUGACAAAACCGAUUAACCAAUGGGGAUGAAACAGAGCUGAAACGACAGCCAAUGGCAUGCCUUAUGAGGCUCUGACAUUGGCUGGUCCGGCCUUCCCAAUCAUUUUGCACUUUUUGAAUCUGUGAUCUCUCUCUCU